AGUGUUGACCAAGUUUGCGACCCGUAGGCGCGUAAGAGUUCUUGACAAUUUAAAAAUAGUUUUGUAUCAAAAAUACAUUACAAAUGGCUUCCUGUGCAGUAAAAUGGUGUGGCAAGUCAGCUAAGACAUCCAGUUAUCAAAAAGAUGGCAUAACAUUUCAUCGGUUUCCUAAAUGUCCCGAAAGGAAAAAGAUGUGGAUCGACGCAACUUGUCGAGGGGACGGAUGGUUUCCUACCAAAAAUAGUGUGCUAUGCUCAAGACACUUCACAGAAGACAAUCUUCAUAUUAUGAAAAAACGUAGAAGGCUGUUGGAUUCCGCUAUACCAUCUCUAUACUUGCCAGUUUUGGCACCCAUCCCUACCAUAGGUUCAAGUGCAGAUAUUGCAGCUAAAAAUUCGGAAAUUCCUGUCGCCGGCACAUCCUUGAAAAAAACGAUUACUCGUUCUCCGCUGAAAGACGCAAAAAACCCGCCAACACCUAAGAAUCAGAGCCAUUGCUUAGAAACGCCUACAAAACAAAAAAGAAAAUUUGCUCCUACACCUGAUACGCCAUCUGCAUUUGAUACUCCAGUUAAAAAACAUCUUUGUAGAAGAAUCAUCGAAUUAACUAAUGUAAUGAACAAAAAAGAUAAAAAAAUUAAAAAGUUAAGUGAUUCCAACAGAAGACUAAAAAGAAAAAUAGUUUCUUUGAAGUCAUUAUUGUUAGAAUUAGAAAACAAAAAUUUAUUAACAGCCGAAAACAAUGACGCAUUAAGUUCCUUAGGGGUCAAAUGUAGUGAAAUUAUUCGCCGUCAAAUAGUGAAAGGAAAAUCAGGUAAAAUUGUUAGGAGAAAAUAUUCACCACAGUUGAGAGCUUUUGCACUCACCUUAAAUUUUUAUUCAACUAAAGCUUAUAAUUAUGUACGCAAAACAUUUAGUACUUGUUUACCCUCUGUAAAAACACUAGGAAAGUGGUACAGAUCUAUAGAUGGCCGUCCAGGUUUCACGAAAGAAGCUUUUGAUGCUCUGAAAUUUAAGGCAACACAGACAAAUCUGCCCAUUCAUUGCUGCAUUGUUUUUGAUGAAAUGAAAAUUGAGAGGAAAGUAGAAAAGACAUAUGGUUAUGUAGAUUACGGUGGAAGUGUGGAUUCAGACUGUAGAGAUGAAUGUACCGACGCGUUAGUUUUUCUAGUUGUUCCAUUACACGGUAAAUGGAAAGUUCCUAUUGGGUAUUUUUUUAUUAAUAAAGUGACAGCUGACCAAAAAAAAUUUUUGCUUACUCAAGCUAUUGACUUAUGCUUUGAAGCUGGAUUGGUAGUCAAAGCUGUGACCUUUGAUGGCUGUCCAGCCAAUAUAGCAAUGGCCAAGAAACUGGGAUGCAAUUUAAAUCCGAAUAAUUUGAAAACUGUUUUUAAAGCGCAAAAUAAUGAAAUAGCUAUCUUUCUCGAUCCGGCUCACAUGAUAAAAUUAGUUAGAAAUAGUUUUGAACAUUACAGGGAAUUUAUAGACGCUGAAGGCAAUUAUAUAAAAUGGAGUCAUAUUGAGAUGUUACACCAGUUGCAAGAAAACGAGAAGUUUCACGCAGCUAACAAGCUACGAUCUGAACAUUUGUUUUUUAAAAAGAAUAUUAUGAAAGUGAAACUUGCCACUCAAUUGUUUAGCAGAAGUGUUUCAAUAGCUCUCCAAUUUUGUAAAAACACCUUGAUGAUAACCCAGUUUCAAGGAAUAGAUGGAACAGCAAAUUUUUUGUUAAUAUUAAACGACUUAUUUGAUAUCUUAGAUUCGAAAGUGCAUGGAUAUGGACUGAAAAGGGCAUUAAAUGCUGAAAACUCUGAGGUUAUUUUAUCAAAACUCGAAAUGUGCAAAAGUGUGUUGAUGAAUUUGACAACUAAUUUCAAAAAUAGGCAGACGCGAUUAAUUGAUACACCGAGAUUUACCGGAUUUUUAGGACUCUGUAUAUGUAUUGAAAGUGCAAAAUUUUUAUUUAAUGAUCUGAUAAAGAACCAGCGCUGUCCUUAUAUAUCGUUUCACCGUAUCAGCCAAGACCACAUUGAACUAUUUUUCUGCAAUAUGAGAUCACAUGGAGGGGCUAAUAACAACCCAACGCCAAAACAGUUUUGUGGAAUUUAUAGAAAAAUGCUUGUACACAUGGAACUGCAAGAAAUCAAUACCGGUAAUUGUAUAACAUUAGAACAAAUUGCCAUAUUAAACUGUUCUUCAGCUAUAAAACGUAUAAAUAUGACGACUGAAAGGGGUGAAACUUGCGAGACUGAGGAAUGCUUUGAUGAAACUUUUAUUGAUUCCUUGCCGUUAUCUCAGUUUUCCGAAAGCAUAAUAGAAUAUGUCGCUGGCGCUGUUGUACAUUACUUAAUAAAGAAAAUCAAAUGUAAUAAGUGCGUUAAAGCUUUAAUAUCCCUGGAUGAGAAAAAAAACAGUUUAAUUUACGCAAGAGAUGCAGGAGGACUACUGUUCCCGUCCAAUAUGGUCACUAAAAUUUGCAGACGAUCUGAACAAGUCAUUCGAAGCUCAAUCAAUUCAAAUCAAGGUUCUCAAAUAUAUUACAAAGACAAAUUCCGGUUUGUAACACAAACAUUAACCAGUUUUGUUAAUGAGGAUAUUUUUCCUGAAAUAAAAAAUCACCAAUUCGAUCACGAAAGUAGUAAUCAUGUCAUUGACUUAGCUAAGAGUGUCAUGGAAAAAUACAUAGACAUAAGAUUACUCUAUUUAUCCAGGAAGACAGAUCCUAAGAAUUCUGUGAGACAAUUUUAUACCAAGCUUAUCCAUUUUAAAAAUCAGUGAAAUAUAUGUCGGAGCGUCUACAAAAUACCAGUUGAAUCAAGUGAGCGAGCGGUUGCGUGACUCUAGCGGAACGUCAUAUCGAUGGCAGCGAGGUAGAAUUAAGGGUAUAUCGAGAAACAUAUAUAUUUAAAUAAACAUAAAAAAUGUUAGCUCGUUCAACACAUUCAAGAAACAAUUGUAUGAAUAUCUUGUUGCAAAUGACUGACUUAAAUAAUCGUGAAUGCGUUGCGCGGGUGAAGUGUGUGUAUUUUUGUUGAAUUUAAUUUGGUGAACGACUGUGAAAUUUACUUUCAGCUAUGUACUCAUGUAAGUGACAUGCAUUUGUCUUAAUGAGUAAUAAAUAUCUUUAAACCUAUUUAUAAAUUAAAUGUACAAAUAUAUGUAUGCAUUGUUUUAUUAUUAAAUAAACAUC